CUCUCAUUCUCCCUCUUCCCCUUUCUCUAUCUCUCUCUCUCUCCAGAGUCUCUAGACUUACAUAAACACCAAGAGAGAAAGAGAGACAUUCAUUAUUAAUAUUCAUUGUUUAUCAUUAAUCACACUCCUUAAUCCCUCUCUCUUCUCUCUCUCUCUCUCUCUCUCUCUCUCUCUCUCUAAUCACUCAUUUUCUCUGCUUCUUUGUGUUUUUUUAAGUUCUGGGUUUUGCUGGGUUUGUCAAAACCAGUAGUAAAAAGCUCCAAGAUUCAAACUUUUCUCUCCUCCAAAUUUUGUUGCUUGGGGUUUUUGUGAAGUUCUCUGCUUGAAAACAUGAUCGUUGAGCGGGUACUCGACGAACCCAGAGACCAGUUUCCCAUUGGGAUGCGUGUGCUUGCCGUGGACGAUGAUCCCAUUUGCCUCAAGCUCUUAGAGGCUUUGCUCCGUCGAUGCCAAUAUCAUGUUACGACGACGAGUCAGGCAAUCACUGCAUUGAAGUUGUUGAGAGAGAACAAGGAUAAGUUUGAUCUGGUUAUCAGUGAUGUGCAUAUGCCAGACAUGGAUGGAUUCAAGCUGCUUGAGCUUGUCGGGCUUGAAAUGGAUCUCCCUGUUAUAAUGUUGUCUGUAAAUGGGGAUCACAAGCUUGUGAUGAAGGGAAUCACCCAUGGAGCCUGCGAUUACCUCCUAAAACCCGUUCGAAUUGAGCAGCUGAAGAACAUCUGGCAACACGUGAUAAGGAGAAAGAAGGUUGAUUCAAAGGACCAGAACUCUGGCAAUCAAGACAAGUCUGCUGGAUGUGGCGAAGGAGGAGUGGGGUCAGUAGGCACAGGGAAUUCGGAUCAGAAUGCAAAGCUCAAUAAGAAACGUAAGGAUCAGAAUGAUGGCGAGGAUGAGGAUCACGAUGAGGAUGAAUAUGAAAAUGACGAUCCUUCAACCCAGAAAAAACCUCGUGUUGUUUGGUCUGUGGAGCUGCAUCGCAAGUUUGUGGCCGCUGUUAAUCAGUUGGGCAUUGACAAGGCUGUACCGAAAAAGAUUCUAGAUUUGAUGAAUGUUGAAAAGCUUACAAGAGAAAAUGUUGCAAGCCAUCUCCAGAAAUAUAGGCUCUACCUGAAAAGAAUCAGCUGUGUGGCAAACCAACAAGCUAAUAUGGUGGCAGCCUUAGGCACUUCGGAUUCUUCAUAUUUGCGAACGGCAUCUAUGAAUGGAGUUGGAAAUUACCAUACAUUGACUGGACCUGCGCAGUUUCAUAACAAUGGAUACAGAUCCUUCCCGCCUGGUGGGAUGAUUGGUAGAUUGAACACUCCUGCUGGAGUGGGUCUGCAUUGCCUUCCUUCAUCCGGAAUGUUUCAAUUGGGUCAUGCACAGAAUCCAAGCAACGCCAUUAAUGAUCAGCCAGUCAUGUUUCCUGGAAACCGUAAUGGAAAUAUGCUUCCGCCACACUUGGAACUUGAUCAACAACAUAAUAGGGGUUCUACCUAUGGUGCACCAAUUUAUCCCGAUUCCAGUGGUUUUACAGAUGCAAAAGUGAUGAAUAGGUCAAAUGAUCCUUUCGGUCUUACAGACAACACAAUGUUAAGACAUACUCACGAUUCUGAAGUUGGAAGAAAUCAUGUAAUGCAGUCUUCCGUAUCAAUGCCCUCCUUAAAACCAGGACUGGGACCCCCAUUUCUGGAUCGCGGACGGUUGAAUGACAACUGGUCAACCGCUGCUCAGCCAUCUGCAUUCCGGUCAAAUUCUCUCUCAGCAAGUGACUCUUUUAAACAACCUACUCUCCUUGAUUCAAGAAUAGGAUCGCAGAUCCCGGCAUCUACAAUGAACAAUAAUUCGGAUCCAACAAUCAACAAUGACCUAUUUCUGGGGUGGGAUGAGCCAAAGCAGGAUUCCCCGUUCCAGUCAGAUGUCAUGUGUAGCUCAAUGAACAAUUUGAUGCCUGUCAAUGAUAAUGUGGCUCCUUCCCACCAGAAUUUGGACACCAGAAGCUCAGCCUUCCAACGAAACAGCGAGUUCAAUUUGAUCGGACAACCAAAUUUUCUUGACCCCUUACUCAUGAACUAUGAUGGUGUUGAAAUAUCAACUAUGGAUGCACCAUUGAAGUUGAAGCAGCAGGGGUACCUUAUGGACCAACGAAAGCCACAGGGAGGUUAUGUCCCCCACAAUGCUGGUUCGUUGGAUGAGUUAGUGAGCUCAAUGAUCAAACAGGAAAGGAGAUAGGCGAAAUCACCGGGAGGAAGGUUCAAUCCCCGUGUAGAAUACUCGUUGAGAUAGCGGUUCUUCGUAUUUGUGUUCGUAUUUGUCUACAUUGAUCUCAAGUUUUGUAUUUGAGUAGCAAGAAUUAGUGUCCAAUCUCUCUAGUUAGUUGCCGAGUAAUAAGGGCUUUGUUUAAUCUGUAUGAUGAAGAGGCAUUGUCUUUCAGGCCCCGACAAUGUAUUAUGGUGGACUAGUUUAUCAUGUCUCUUUGACUAAACAUGCUUUGGCUUCCCAUAUAGUUUAAUUAAUUCUGCAUAAUUAGCACA